CCGUGCAGUUCAAUUUCGCUCUAGACAGCCAAGACAGACUGCAGUGUGUGGAGUAGCAGCCGUCAUUGGCUGGUUUGCUGGAGCCCAUGCUGUACCGGUGUAAGUUGGCGGUUGCAUUGAUGCAAGGCGACCUAUUGCGAUGCGCUCAGCCCGCUCCGUAAGGUAUCAAGAUAAAAUCAAAUCCAAACACGACUACAGGACACAAAAGCCGUACCUAUACUUGAUGCCCGUGAGCGCUCUGUUCUCUUGCAGCUCCCCGGUGGAAGAGACACGCAGAGCAGCCGGUACUGGUACACGCCCAGAGCGCAGAAACGCCGCGCCAGCCGCAGCAAAUGCCGAGCCGCCAAAAGAGUUCUCUGAGGUCUCGACCCGAGACAAAGGUCUGCCAGAAUGCCGGUACUAUGAUCAGGAUGAUGAUUCUGACUCUGAAUUUGGCUGGGGUGACUGUGACGGCCAUCACCCCUUUGGUGAACACUGUGAGAUCUGCGCGUCGUCCUUCGACUGCUACUGCUGUGACUGCUAUGCCUACGGCGCGUACGCUGGCGACGACAGCUUUUACUAUUACUAUCGUCUCUUCUACUGGUACUACUACUGUUUCUACAUGGACUACUACACCGGCCACUACGCUGAGCGUGCUGCUCGCGGAUCCCAGUCUCGCAACAACCGAGAGGACUUCUAG